AUGAGUUCACAACCCCUCGCUCAAAGCGCCGACAAGCAGGUGCUGUUCGCUCGGCUCGGGUUGAACGAACAGGCACAUAAACUCCUUCUCCAAGAGGCCCAGGUCGCGAGAGACAGCUUAAGUAGCAAUCCGCGGAACUUGACCGAUCAGUCGAGGGUCAACAAAUACAUUCAGAUGCCGUACAAGUGGGACGAAAUAUCGGAAACUGCAAAGCAUCGAGAGAUCCUUACGGUCGUCAAUAACGCUCCACCUAUCACAAAGUACUUUUACACACUCGGCAGAUACCAGACAACCGUGAACGAAGAGAACUGGGUGGCCAGAUGGUACCUCUGGCAUUCUUUUCGUUAUCGGGACAAUCGAGAGCCUCGCCAAAGGACAGCGGUGGCAGUAAAUCGCGGGCAUGGUGGCCGCCAAACUAGCGGUCUUCCGAUUGGUGGUACUGCGAGUGGUACUGGUGGAAGGUACUGGGAUCCAGCUAGGGACGAAAACUCUCCCUGAUAUACCAGCAUGAGCGAGAUUGGUCUGGACGAAAUUUAGUUCCUAUCGUCAGUAUAGCGGGCCUGUGAUGGUAUCUUCUUGUAGAUGUCGACGAUACCUCGAGACCGCUAACCGAACGAAGCAUCGGCAUGGAGACGCCAACCUUCUCAAGCAAUCGCUUCCCCGGAUCGAAACAUCUUUGUGGACUCCAGCUUUUUCAUUCACCGCGGAACAUUUAAUUUUCCUUCCAGUAUAUGUAAGGUCUGAAAUUGAAUUGUGGACAUUUGGUCGUCGCUCGUUUCGUUUGGCUGAUCUUUCCUAUUUGGGAACCAUAUAGAUAGCUCUUCACCGAAUGCCAUGUUCCCCGGC